AUGCCUAAGCACCGCGAAUCAAAGCACUAUAAAUGUGAUUUGUGCGGUUUAACAUUCCUGCUCAAGGGGAGAAUACAGCACAAAUACAAAACUGCACACGACCACUACACGGAGGUGAACCUGCCAAACCCGGAGCAACUGGCCGCCGGUCCGGGGGCCUCGACGCGGCUUACAAUGAGCGACUCCGUAACGUGGAGCGAGAGCAAUGUCACCGCCGAGAUGCGCAGGAAGUAUGAUGUUCCCAUUCGCACCUUGCUUCGCGAAUGCCAGACCAGCCCGAUCCCUGCCCUGCCUACUGAAUCAAGGUGGAACCGUAAUCGUCGGCUCUACCAACGGAUAUUCCCGGAAGAUCGCGACAUACCAUUUGCGCGAAUUGGGACUUUCUCAGACACGACCGAUGACGCGGAAGUCUGCGGCUGUAGAUUGUGGCACAUGUUCAAAACCGUUGUGCUCCUCGAAGAGCAGGUCCGAGCACGGAAUGAUCCCCAGUUCGGCGCGCUCCUCGACCGGGUUCGGAACGGGCUCCAGACACAACAAGACCUCAAAUUGCUCAACGCCAACGUCGUGGGCCGACCCGAAAUCACAUUCCAUAAUGGCUUGCGUGCUAUAACCCCGCUGAACCGCAACCGGUGGGCCCUCAACAUGGAAGCUGUUGUGGGCUGGGCACGCUUUCACAAGAGAGACAUCGGUAUCUUCGUCUCCACCCACACAUGGCGCAACGGCACAGUUUCUCCAAAUACGAUAGCUCAAACCAUCGGGCAGGGUGACGACUCUGCCUGUAAAGUCCCCGGCGUCUUCUUCUACGCCCAGGGUAUGCCCGUGGUCGUCAACAAAAACAUCUACACUGCGUUGAAAGUUGUGAAUGGAGCAGAGUUCACUGCCGCAGACAUUAUACCGGAUCCCAAUUACCCAGGCUACUACUUGGCGGAUGACGUGACCAUCUACUUCGGACCACCGUCAGGCAUUCUUCUACAGUCCGAAGAGACGAAGACUUUCGCCAUACCGUCCCUUCCAGCGGGGACGGUAUUGAUCCGACCUACGUCUCAUACACUUGACCCGACCAACUCUCACUUCAAAUUCUUGCCAACAAGAUGCACGCGGCGAGGGCUACCCGUGGCACCAGCGUUCGUCCUCACCGACUACAAAGCCCAGGGCAAAACAUUCCUGGAAAUCCUAUUGGAGCUGCGUGGGACUCGCAUGACCAAUGGAGAACCCUCCAGGUGCGACUUUACGAGUCUGUAUGUGCAACUGUCCAGGUGUACUACGCUUCAGGGCGUCAAGUUCCUUAGUCCUGUGAGGCCACAGGAUUUCAUUGGCAACACUCUGGACCGGUCCAUGGCCGACGGCAUGCGAAGACUCGGAAAGUUAGCAGCCGAAACGGUACAGGCAUAUAAACGUCGGCAUUCCGAAUAG